AUGACAGUAAAGCACAAGGAGACCUUCGAUACCUUCACGGAUUCAUCGUCUAUGGUUGCAUACCUGAGCUCAACAGCCAACGGCAACGUGAUACUGGUCGGAGCAGUGGAUGAACCUUCUGCAGCCUUCAGCCAAGAGGCGGAGAACGCUCUUCGAGCGUGUGGGGCCACAUUUCCCCAACCGCUGUCCUUUCGGAGUGCCUAUGCUCUCAUCGGCAUCAAGGGCGGAAGCAAACUCUCGGAGGUGGUGCAAGUGGAAGGAGACGGAUACGCAGUAGCCGUCGCCGAAGUGAAGAAGCCUGAGCCGGUGUUGACCAUGUGCAACUUGUACAACUGCCCUUCUGGCUAUGUGCUCAGCGCCCUUGCGAUGGAGACCCUCGGUGCAUCCGUCGAAACUUGCUGCGAAGCCAUGGGCCCUGGCGAGCAAGCUUUGGUGGUGCGCAGCGCCGGGUUUUCAGACGGGAACCGGGCUGAGUUCUGGCUGAAUGGUCAACGGCUGUAUGAGACUCGUAAGCGUGGGCUUACGGUCGUAGACCUGUGGCCCAACAUGACAGUGAAGCACAUCGAGACCUUCGAUACCCAUGCAGAUUCUUUGCCCAUGGCUGCAUACUUGAACUCAACGGCCAAAGGCAACGUGAUCCUGGUCGGAGCAUCGGACGACGCUUCCGCAGGCAUGGGUUGGGAGGCAGCGAACCAACUUCGCGAUUGCGGUGCCACGUUUCCCCGGCCGCUUUGCUUCCGGUGCUCCUACACUCUCAUUGGCGUCAAAGGUGGAAGCAAACUCGCGGAGGUUGUGACGAAACCAGGAAAGGGGAAAGCUGUGUCUGUCAGCGUGCUCGUGCCAGAGUUACUCAGGUUCCUGCCGGUGGAUGGAGGCGUGAACCGCGCCUGCCGGGGGCAGUCGGCCGGCGACAACAGCGGCGACCACUACGUUGUGGUCGAUGGCAUCGAGACGCUUCAGGCCUGCAAGCUGGAGUGCAUCCGAAGGGAGGCAUGUGUUGGUAUCGAGCACCGCGGAAGCCGUUGUGAAGUCUGGACGCGGCCAGGAGGUGUCCAGGCCUCCAUAUACCUGUAUGGCUACACGUGCCUGAGCUACACUCCACCUCUUGCAACAACGGCAACGACAACGAUGGCCUCGACCGCAACGACCAGUACAAGGGCCAUCGCGACACGUUUUGCGGCUGUGGAUGGUGGAGUCAAUCGAGCAUGCCGUGGGGCAUCAUCUUCCGACAAUGCUCCGUCCCACUACACAGUCAUCCCAGGCAUCCAGGCUCUUGGCGAUUGCCAAACCGAGUGCAUUCAGGUCGUUGGCUGUGUGGGCAUCGAGUUCAGCAGCGGGAGAUGUGAAGUUUGGAUCCGUCCAGAUGGAAUCCAAGCUUCGAUUGCAUUGAAUGGCUUCACGUGCCUGAGCUACACCCCACCUCUUGCAACGACAACGCUAGCCUUGACAGCAACGACCAGUACAAGGGCCAUCGCGACACGUUUCGCGGCUGUGGAUGGUGGAGUCAGUCGAGCAUGCCGUGGGGCAUCAUCUUCCGACAAUGCUCCGUCCCACUACACAGUCAUCCCAGGCAUCCAGGCUCUUGGAGAUUGCCAAGCCGAGUGCCUUCAGGUCGUCGGCUGUGUGGGCAUCGAGUUCAGCAGUGGGAGAUGUGAAGUUUGGAUUCGUCCUGAUGGAAUCCAGGCUUCGAUUGCGUUGACUGGCUUCACCUGUCAACGUCACACGACUGCAUAUUCAGUGUUGACUUUUGGUGUCGUCCCAGUCGCUUUUAGCAUUCAUGUGCGCAUUGGUCAUCAUGUACAGUGUCGCAGCUGGGGAGAUCUUGCUGAUAUUACUUGUUGUUAG